CAAAUGUCACCCACAUUAGAGAGGAGAAUUGGUGAAUGAUCAUCUCAGCAAAGAUCAGCGCUAACAUGUUUGAAUUGGAGAUGAAAGUGCUAGAUUAUCGUGAAGGAGGCAAUCACUAUUAAAACGUGCUUCCUUGGUGGUACUGGAAAACAGGGUGACAACUCAUAGAAAAUGUGCAGGGGCAUUGGAAACCUUUGAAGAAGUGUGUAGCUAAUAGCCCAUAUAUAAUUCCGAAGAAGAAGUCUUCAAUGGAAGACCCCCGGGGGAUAAAUGGACAGUCUGUGCAAACAUCUCAAGCCAGUUCAGAUGUGGCUGUUUCCUCAAGUUGCAGGUCUAUGGAAAUGCAGGAUCUAACCAGCCCGCAUAGCCGUCUGAGUGGUACUAGUGAAUCCCCCAGUGGUCCCAAACUCGAUAAUUCUCAUAUAAAUAGUAAUUCCAUGACUCCCAAUGGCACCGAAGUUAAAACAGAGCCAAUGAGCAGCAGUGAAAUAGCUUCAUCAACAGCAGACGGGUCUUUAGACAAUUUCUCAGGUUCAGCAAUCGGGAACAGCAGCUUCAGUCCAAGACCAGCUCACCAAUUCUCUCCACCACAGAUUUAUCCUUCCAACAGGCCAUACCCACAUAUUCUUCCUGCCCCCUCAUCACAAACUAUGGCUACAUAUGGGCAAACCCAGUUUACCACAGGAAUGCAACAAGCCACAGCAUAUGCCACGUACCCUCAGCCUGGACAGCCAUACGGAAUUUCCUCCUAUGGCAUCAAGACGGAAGGUGGAUUGUCACAGUCUCAGUCACCUGGACAGACGGGAUUUCUCAGCUAUGGCACGAGCUUUGGUACCCCUCAGCCUGGACAGGCACCCUACAGCUACCAGAUGCAAGGUAGCAGUUUUACAACAUCAUCAGGAUUAUAUACAGGAAAUAAUUCACUCACAAAUUCCUCUGGAUUUAACAGUUCACAGCAGGACUAUCCAUCUUAUCCCGGUUUUGGCCAGGGUCAGUACGCACAGUAUUACAACAGCUCACCAUAUCCAGCUCAUUAUAUGACAAACAGCAGUGCCAGCCCAACAACACCAUCCAGCAGCGCCACUUACCAGCUCCAAGAACCACCAUCCGGCGUCACGAGCCAAGCAGUUACUGAUCACACAGCAGAGUACAGUACAAAUAAACUAGUGAAUCCUGCUUCCCAAAUUAGGAUGAGUAGAACUUUGCCAUCAGGUCAUAUCAUGAGACUUGUCCUUGGUGAAUUUUAUAUAUAAGGAAUCCCAUGUGAAAGAAUAGGACUGGCUGGAUACAAAGCCAUGACACAUGGGAAAAAUACAAAAUUAUAAUUUUCAAAAUGUGUACAUAAUGGUAUCCUAGGAAUGAAUAGUUUAUCUUAGUAAUUUAGGUACUUAUUUCAAUUUAAUUAUUGAAUAGCUACAUAGUAGAAUUGAUCUGGGAAGAAAAUAUUAUUUUUGAGAUUUCUCAUAUUGACUGCUUCUCACUAAAAUGAAUAUGUAUGAAUCAGUCUUGCUUACGUUCCAAGACAGAAGUGGAAAGUUCACUGAGUUUCCACACUGGGGAAAAAUGGAAUAAGAUUUCAAAGACUCAGCCUGGGUUUUGUUUUGCUUUUUAUACUUGCAGUAAGACUAUGGAUUCAGCUUAACAUUUUUGGCAUUAACUUGCCUUUCUUAGUAGUCAU